AUGCAAGCGGAGGAGCCCGGCGCCCCCAGCGCCCAGGGAAGGCAGAGCGCACCCAGCCCCGAGCCGCGCCUGUCCAGCCAGCUGCUGCCUGAGCUGUACACCUUUGUGGCGCGAGUGCUGUUCUACCUGGCGCCGGUCUACCUUGCCGGCUACCUGGGGCUCAGCAUAACCUGGCUGCUGCUCGGCGCUCUGCUGUGGAUGUGGUGGCGCAGGAACCGUCGCGGGAAGCUCGGGCGUCUUGCGGCCGCAUUCGAAUUCCUAGACAACGAACGCCAGUUCAUUAGCCGCGAACUGCGGGGCCAGCACCUGCCGGCCUGGAUCCACUUCCCAGAUGUGGAACGGGUCGAGUGGGCCAAUAAGAUCAUCUCUCAGAUCUGGCCCUACCUGAGUAUGAUCAUGGAGAACAAGUUCCGGGAGAAACUCGAGCCCAAGAUCCGGGAGAAGAGCAUCCACCUGAAGACCUUCACCUUCACCAAGCUCUACUUUGGACAAAAGUGCCCCAGGGUCAACGGCAUCAAGGCACACACUAACAAGCGCAACCGAAGGCAGGUGGUCCUGGACCUGCAGAUAUGCUACAUCGGGGACUGUGAGAUCAGUGCAGAGCUGCAGAAGAUACAGGCUGGCGUGAACGGGAUCCAGUUGCAGGGCACGCUGCGGAUCAUCCUGGAGCCCCUCCUGGUGGACAAGCCCUUCGUGGGAGCCGUAACCGUGUUCUUCCUUCAGAAGCCACACCUGCAGAUCAACUGGACAGGCCUGACCAACCUGCUGGAUGCUCCAGGAAUCAACGAGGUGUCAGACAGCCUGCUGGAGGACCUCAUCGCCGCCCACCUGGUACUGCCCAACCGCGUGACUGUGCCUGUGAAGAAGGGGCUGGAUGUGACCAACCUGCUCUUUCCUCUGCCCUGCGGAGUGAUCAGAGUCCACUUGCUGGAAGCAGAAAAGCUGGCUCAGAAGGACAACUUCCUGGGGAUCCGAGGCAAGUCAGACCCCUACGCCAAGGUGAGCAUUGGCCUACAGCAUUUCCGGAGCAGGACCAUCUACAAGAACCUGAACCCCACCUGGAAUGAGGUAUUUGAGUUUAUAGUGUACGAAGUCCCUGGGCAGGACCUGGAGGUGGACCUGUAUGACGAGGAUCCCGACAGGGACGACUUCCUGGGCAGCCUGCAGAUCUGCCUUGGGGAUGUCAUGACGAACAGAGUGGUGGAUGAGUGGUUUGUCCUGAACGACACAACCAGCGGGCGGCUGCACCUGCGGCUGGAGUGGCUUUCACUGAUCGCCAGCCCGGAAGCUCUGACCCAGGACCAUAGUGGCUUUUCGACUGCCAUCCUCGUGGUUUUCUUGGAGAGUGCCUGCAACCUGCCGAGAAACCCCUUUGACUACCUGAAUGGCGAAUAUCGAGCCAAAAAACUCCCUAGGUUUACCAAGAAUAAAGUGAGCAGAGACCCUUCUUCCUAUGUCAAGCUCUCUGUAGGCAAGAAGACACAAACGAGCAAGACUUGUCCCCACACCAAGGACCCCGUGUGGAGCCAGGUGUUCUCCUUCUUUGUGUACGACGUGGCAGCCGAGGAGCUGCAUCUGAAGGUGCUUGAUGAUGACCAGGAGUGUGCUCUGGGAGUGCUGGAGUUCCCCCUGUGCCAGAUUCUACCCUAUACAGACCUCACCCUGGAGCAGCGCUUUCAGCUGGACCACUCAGGCCUGGACAGCCUCAUCUCCAUGAGGCUAGUGCUUCGGUUCCUGCGUGUGGAAGAACGAGAGAUGGGGAGCCCAUACACAGGACCUGAAGCCCUAAAGAAAGGUCCUCUGUUCGUUAAGAAGGUGGACACCAACGAGGACCCCAAAGCCCCAUCCCAGGGAGGGGGCCCUGAAAAUCUGUCAUGCCCCCCAGACCCUGUUUCUGAUACCAAGGAAGCCUCCAAGAGCACCAUGACAACCACCAGUGCCACUACUGUUGCCACCGAGCCCACACCCCAAGAGACAGGCCCAGAGCCCAAAGGCAAGGACAGUGCCAAAGGGUUCUGUGAGCCCACGGGGAAGAAGAAGAGUGCGGCCACCAUCUUCCUGACUGUCCCAGGCCCACACUCUCCAGGGCCCAUCAAGUCACCCAGACCCAUGAAAUGCCCUGUCUCCCCAUUUGCAUGGCCGCCCAAGAGGCUGGCUCCCAGCAUGUCCUCGCUGAACUCCCUGGCCUCCUCCUGCUUUGACCUGACAGAUAUCAGCCUCAACACUGAAGGCGGGGAUCUCCGGCAGCGGAGGCUGGGUGAGAUUCGGCUCACGGUGCGCUAUGUGUGUCUGCGGCGCUGCCUCAGUGUGCUCAUCAGCGGCUGCAGAAACCUGACACCCUGCACCAGCAGUGGAGCUGAUCCCUAUGUCCGUGUGUACUUGCUACCAGAAAGGAGGUGGGCAAGUCGUAAGAAAACCUCAGUGAAAAGGAAGACCCUGGAACCUCUGUUCGAUGAGACACAUGACUGGGAGAAGAGGACUGCCAGGGCACUGAAGCAAAACAGCUACCAUCUGUUCUUGCCCAUAGGGGCUAAAGUGUUCCUGAUUAUGAACUGUGCCAUAUUUUUUUUCUUUAAAUGAAGUAAAAGGAUAUAAAUAUGGUCAAAGAGGAUUUCUUGGAAUCUCUCUUAAAGUAGCAGUUAAAAAUAAACAUACCUUGAACCUAAGGACCUAAAAUUUCCUCCAAAGCUCCAAGCUCUUUGGCCUGUCUUCCCUUCUGCAACAAAGCAUAGCUGUCAAGUGAAAUAGAUAUGUUACCCUGACUUGUCCACCCAUGUCCUUGGAUACAAGACUGGUAGACAGAUUCUCAUCACAUUUCUUGCUUUUGAUGGUCCUGGUGUGGCAAGUCUUAUGUGAAAUAUUCUUGACUUCAAGUUGAUCUCAAGGCACACAAGUCAAAAUCUCCUCAUUGCUUCCUUCUGCAUCAGGAUCCUAACAAAAGACAUUUCUAACCAGCCUAGGAAGGUAAUAUACCUGAUAAUUCUGAUUUCCUCUCA